CACUUCUCUCUGUUCUUAAUGCAACCUCCACAACCAACUUCCGUGAAUACAAAAAAGAAAACCCCGUUGUCACCAUCGUACUAUGGGGUGUGGAAGAAAGAAACCUCCUCCUUCUUCAUCGUCUUCCUCUUCUCAGCCUAUCUUCCCCAUGUCAUGGCUUUCCAGGUUCAAGCACAUCUCCAUCAGCUCUAAACCGAAACCUGGAAAAGUGAAGCCUAAAGGUUUGCUGAAUUCUCCUUUGAUGUGUUCAGUACCGCAGUGUGCUUGGAGUAAUGCUGGUCGGUUUUAUGGUGGGGAUGAUGUUGAUGAUGAUACUGCUGCUUUUUGGAGACUUUCUUUUGGUGAAGAGAAUGGGAAGAAAAAGAAUAGAGGGAUCUUGAAAUCAGAUUGGUAUGAAUCCGAUGAUGAGCUUGAUAUUUCGUCCUCGAGUUGCAGGAACUGUAGAUUAAAUAACGGUGCUGAAGUGAAGGGAAGAGAAGAGGCUAAGAAGCUGAAUGAAAUGGUCUUGGGUUUAAGGAGAGUGAAAGCACUGCCCAAAGAUGUGGAGCUUUCACUUGAAAUGGAUGCACUUUAUGGAGAAAAGAGAAUGGAAUGCAGAACACCAAGGAGGAUGGAGAAAGGUUGGAAAUUAAGGAAAACAAAUCGGCAGGCGAUCAUGGAAGAGAAGGUGUUGGAAUUGGAAAGAGGAUCACAUGAAGCAGAAUGGAAGUCAACAAAUUCAAUAGAGAGAGAUGCAUUGAAAAGGAAACCUGCAAGAACAAUUUGGAGAGCUAAGAGGGAUAGGUACAAAGUAGUAGAUUCUAGCUCCACGAAACAUUCUCCUGGGUCUUCCUUGAAUUGUCAGAAUUCUCGCCUAAGAACUACUGCAGAAGAUGGUGUUUUUGCUACUCAUAAAUUGGAGGAAACUGGGAGGCUCCCGGUGGAAAAUUUAGGUCCUGAGUGGCAGAAAUUGAAAGAAAUGAAAAUUAAAGAGAUAAAGUCAAAGAGUGGCAAAGAGGGGAAAUCUCUCCAUGUAAGCAAGGACUCACAGAGAAGAAGAAGAACAAAGCAGUAUUCCAAAGUCAGACUUUAUUCUCCAAGAACGCCUUCUAAGGUUGAAAUAUGCAAAAUAAAACCGCUAGAAGACAUCAGGAAAUCGAAACUGAAGAUGAAAACUAAGGCAAAGGAGAGAACUGCAGAGGAAGUAACAGGGUUGGAGAGCUUCGCUAUGGUGAAAUGCUCAUUUGACCCACAGCAGGACUUCAGAGAUUCAAUGCUUGAGAUGAUUAUGGAGAGAAGGAUGAGCCGGCCAGAAGAGCUUGAAGAACUCUUGGCUAAUUACCUGACAUUGAAUUCUGAUGAAUACCAUGAUCUCAUCAUCAAGGUGUUUCGGCAAGUAUGGUUUGACGUGAAUCAGGUCUGUUUUAGUAAUGAAUUAGAAAGUGAAGAUUGUUGCAAUGAUUAAAUUCUGUUUAGCUAAUGAUAGGCAAACCUGUAAUCAUAUUGUAAUUAGUUAACACUACUACUGCUUUAAAAUUAUGUCUCUAGUUUGCACAAGAUUUGGCUUUCAGCUUCAAAUCAAAUGCAUAAAAAUGUAAUAAAUAAAUGUUGAAUUUAGAAUUAAUCUGUGUAAGCAACUCCAAGCUACAACAUUCAUUUAGGGAGAUGAAAUACAAAAUGAAA